AUGGCAACAUCCGUUUCCAAGGAAUCAAUUGACCAGCUACAAGACCAAGUAACGGAGUCACUGGAGGUUUUCCAAAGGCAGCAUGAAGAGGCAGAUCGCGUCGCCGCCCUGAAGGCAGCACAAAAACUCGUGAAUGCACUACAGAAGCCGCAAGAUUCGGUCUAUCACUUGGCUUACUCUCCUACUCACGCCAUGUGUGUGCGCAUUGCCAUCGACAUGGAUAUAUUCACAACGUUAACGGAGCGCAAUGGGCCGGUGUCACUCGAAGAGCUGGCAGCUGUGAAAAACGCCAGUCCGAUCUUGGUUGAACGAGUUUUGCGUAUCUUAGUUGGAAUCGACUAUGUUGGCGAAUGCGACACGCGCGUCUAUACCGCGACUACAAUGACCCGCCAGCUGACUGACCGACUCAGCAUUUCGGUGAUCAAGUUUAUAUUUGAUAUUGGCAUGCCCACCCUCGCCAAGAUCCCCGAGUUCCUCCGUUCCCACGAGUACCAGAACCCCGAGGGUGCGACUACAGGACCAUUCCAAUUUGCCGAAAAGAUCGACGAGUCGAUUUGGACCUGGUUCCAAAAGAAUCCCGAGAAACUUGAUCUAUGCAAUACUUUCAUGGAGGGUGACCGCGGUGCGCGACCCAGUUGGUUGGAAUGGUUCCCGGUAGAAGAGCGUCUUCUAUCUGGUGCUAAUCCUGAGGCGGAAACACUCAUGGUCGAUGUUGCCGGGGGUCGAGGCCAUGACCUUGUAGCAUUUUUGGAACGGCAUCCGGAUGCGAAAGGACGCUUGGUGCUUGAAGAUCUGCCACAUGUGUUGGAAGAGAGUACUAUAGACACCGAGCGUAUUGAAAAAUUACCAUUUGACUUGUUCAAACCACAGCCAAUUCAUGGUGCUCGCAUUUAUUAUCUGAAGUUCAUUCUUCAUGACUGGUCCGACGAGGAGAAUCAAGCCAUUCUUACCCAAUUGGCCGGUGCAAUGAAGCAGGGUUACUCGAAACUGAUCAUCGAAGAGUUUGUACUAGCAGAUCGCGAUGGUGCCAUGUUACCGGCGAUGUGGGACUGGGAAAUGAUGAUUUUUUGUAACAGCAUGGAGCGCUCGCAGUCCCAUUGGACUCGCCUGCUAGAAAGUGCAGGAUUCCAGGUCAUCAAGUUCUGGGCACCACCCGGUGAUGGACAAGGCAUCAUCGAAGCCGAACUUAAAUAA